AUGCGGGUUGUAUUCCAUGUUCUAUUUAUAUUUCUAUACUCACUUUUUGAUAUUUUUCUAACAUUUUUUGGUAUAACUUUAUAUUCUUCAAAAUGGUCAAUUAAUUUUGAGAAUAUUUGGAAAACUUUGAAUAUUUUCAAUUAUUCAUAUUGGACUUCUCCAUUAGAUUUUAUAAUUCUAGUUUGUUUUCGUCAAAUAGUUCUUCUUAUUACUUUUAUAAUUGUUCGAUAUGGAAAAUCGGAAAAGUUGAAAAAACAUAUUUUAUUCGUUGAUAUUGCUGCUGUUUUAUCCUACAUGAUUUCAACAAUCAAAAUAUUAGCAUUUGAUGAAACAUCGGGAUUUCUUGGAGAUUCUCCAGGCGCAUUCAUAAAUGUUGGAUCUUCAAUUGUGUUUUCUAUCCUUCUUUGUGGCCUUGUUCGAAUUUCGAUUUUAUCAAGUCAAUUCAAUUAUCGAAGAUUAGAAGAAGAAGAUCAAACAGAAGAAAAUUCAAUAAACGAUUCAGAUGAAGAUGAAGAAUCAAGAAGUGGGUUAUCAAAGGAAGAAAGAGCAAAUCGAGUACCUUUUUGGAAACACAUUUUUCUUAUAAUCAAAAUUUGUUCCAAACAAUGGAAAUGGUUCAUUGCUUCAUAUAUUUUUCUUAUCAUUAGUUGUGCUGGUAAAACUUGUUCAUAUUUCUAAAAAUUCAAAACAUAAUUAUUUCAGCCAAUUUAAUUCAGCCAGCUAUAAACACUCAAAUGUUGAUUGAUGCAAUAACAAUGCAAUCUUUUGAUCUUCUCAAAAAAUCAUGUCUUCUUCUGAUUGCUGUUGAUCUUUCUACGUUCGUUCAAUUUUUGUUACAAAAUACGAUUGAGUUACAGAAUAAUUGUGGAUACCAUCAAAUAUAUAUUUCAAUCAUAUGCGAAUACACAAACUUCAAUACAAGUUCGUCUAGCCUUAUUCAAAGCAAUUAUUCAUCAAGAUAUUUCAUUUUUUGAUGAAAAUAGUACAGGUCAAUUAAUGAGUCGAAUGGAUAGUGAUACAAAUUCUAUUUCACAUUCUAUUCCAAUAUGUUUAGAAACACUUACUAUGAAUAUCAUUCAUUUUGUCGGUAUUUUACCAAUUAUUGUGAGCUAUUCGUGGCAAUUAUCACUUGUAAGUUUAGAAUUUCAAUAAAACAAUUUAUCAUUAUUUCCAGACAGCUUUUAUAACUUUCCCAAUUUCCUUUAUUGUAUCACAACUUUAUGGAAAAUAUUCAGUAGAUUUAUACGAUGAAGAAAGUGAUAUGAAUGCUGAUACAACUGAUAUUGUUCAAAAUGUAUUAUCUGCGAUAAGAACUGUUCGAUCUUUUGCAACAGAAAAAAUUGAGUUUCAAAGAUAUACGAAACAUAUAAAUGAGUGGUUUAAAUUCGACAUGAAAAGGUAUUUUAUUGAACAAAAAAUGAUUGAAAAUUAAAAAGAUGAUAUUACAGUUCAGUGCUACAUUCAAUUUUCUCGCUGUUGUGGAGAUUGAUGUAUAAUAUGGAAAGUGUUCUUGUUUAUUUAUACGGUGGUUAUUUGACAAUUAAUGGGAGAAUGGAUUCAAAAAAUCUCUUAGUAUACGUUGCUUAUCAUUCGAAAUUGACUCAAUCUUUAGAUGUUAGUUAUCACGUUUUCGUAAAUUUGAUUUUCUCAAAGCUAUUUCUAGACUUUCACUGAAAUUUAUUCGGAAGUUUUGCAAAUUAUUGGAUCAUCUCGAAAAGUAAUAUAUUUGUUGAAUCGAAAACCAAUUUUGGAUUAUGAAAAUGGAUCAGAAACUCCAGAAGUAUUGGGAACAAUUGUAUUUGAUGGUGUUGAAUUUGCAUAUCCAACAAGAAAAAAUGUGGAAGUUUUGAAAAGUUUGAAUUUAACAAUUGAAAAAGGAAAAACAGUUGCAUUAGUUGGUCCAAGUGGAAAUGGUAAAACAACAAUUGUAUCAUUAAUUGAACAAUUUUAUGCACCAAAAUCAGGUCAAAUAUUAUUAGAUGGAACAAAUAUUCAAAAUAUUCAACAUGAAUAUUAUCAUUCAAAAGUAGCACUUGUUGCACAAGAACCAACAUUAUUUAGUGGAAGUAUUCGAGAUAAUAUAUUAUAUGGUUAUGAAAAUGGAAGUGAAGAAGAAAUGUUGAAAGUUGCAAAAAUGGCAAAUGUUCAUGAAUUUGUUGAAAAAUUAGAAAAAGGUUAUGAUACAAAAUGUGGUGAAAAAGGUAUACAAAUGAGUGGUGGACAAAAACAAAGAAUUGCAAUUGCAAGAGCAUUAAUUCGAAAUCCAGCUAUUUUAAUACUUGAUGAAGCAACUUCUGCAUUAGAUUCUGAAUCUGAAUCAUUAGUUCAAGAUGCAUUAAAUUGUUGUGCUAAAAAUCGAACUGUUAUUAUAAUUGCACAUCGUUUAUCAACUGUUAAAAAUGCUGAUAAAAUUGCUGUUAUUGAAAAAGGACAAGUUACUGAAAUUGGAACACAUUUUGAUUUGAUGAAAAAUAUCAAUGGAAUGUAUUAUAAAUUAGUUUCAAAACAAUUGGAACCAAAAAAAGAAGAACAAAAAAACGAUGAUGAUAUUUUUUAG